CAUACCAUUUCCAGAAGGCAGGGGGGUGAAUGGCAGGGCCUGGGGUUCUGCCGGAGCCGUUUAGCGCCCGCUCUCCCCCUCCCUCCUUUCCAGCAGUGAGUCAGCCCGGUGGCGUUAUAUAGCGGUGGGCGGGUGGCGGCGGCUCAGCUGAGAGUCCCUCCAGGGUCUUCUGCUGCUUUUGGAGUUGUGUGUGCGUGUGUCUCUUGCGAAGCCCUGCACCAGAGCCGACUGGAACAAUGGCUUGGCAGCCCAUGGAGAUCAACCCCGAGAUGCUGAACAAAGUGCUCUCUCGCCUAGGAGUGAGCCCCGGAUGGCGGUUUGUGGACGUGCUAGGGUUUGAGGAAGACUCCUUGAACGCCGUGCCCAACCCGGCUUGUGCAGUGCUGUUGCUCUUCCCUCUUACUGCGCAGCAUGAGAACUUCAGGAAAAAGCAGAUUGAAGAACUGAAGGGUCAAGAAGUGAGCCCCAAGGUCUACUUCCUGAAGCAAACCGCCAGCAAUUCGUGUGGCACAAUUGGCCUUGUACACGCGGUGGCCAACAAUCAAGAUAAAAUGUCAUUUGACGAAGGCUCUGCCCUGAAGGCGUUCCUCAACACAACAGCAGAUCUGUCUCCUGAUGAGAGGGCAAAACGACUUGAAAACAACAAGGCCAUUCAAGAAGCCCACAAUGCCGUAGCACAAGAAGGCCAAUGUCGGGUUGAAGAUGAUAAAGUGAACUUCCAUUUCAUUCUCUUUGCCGCCGUGGAUGGCCACCUCUAUGAACUGGAUGGACGACUGCCCUUCCCCAUAAACCACGGAGCUAGUUCAGAUGGCACCCUGUUGAAGGCCUCUGCUAAGAUCUGCCGGCAGUUCACAGAGCGUGAGCAAGGAGAGGUCCGUUUCUCUGCUGUAGCCUUGUGCAAGUCUGCUUGAAGAAGCUGAGAAGAAACCAACCUGUAGCCUAACACGGGAAGCAGAUAAAAGCUUUAGUACUUGUCCUCCGACAAUUGUUCUUGGUCCAGUUUAAAAAGAUUAUCUUGCUGAACUUGUCCCCGCCCCCAAAACACACACACACACACUGCAGCUUCAGUGGCUCUUGUCCUAUAGGUUAAGCUCAUUUUUUCCCCACACUUUAGCUGUGUCAGAUGUUGAGACUCUCAACUUAAAAUGUGUACAAAAAAACCCUGCUUCGUUUGGGGCUUAUUUGACUCAUGCCUCCCAAGUUUCAGUUGCUGUGAUUUACUGAAGAGGUCACAUGAAUAAACCUCUUCUUGCUACUUGA